UGUGGUGACGUGUAAGUUCUGACAGGAGCAGGAAGUAACCAGGAAUUAGAGGAGGAAUAGUUUAGGAAAUACCCAACGUUAGCUAGAAACCUAGGUAUUUAUCUAGCUUGCCGACGGGGGCUAGAUAUUUGGCAUACAAAGCAAACAUAUUUAUGUCGUUUGUGAAAUGGCCAUGUAUCAAGACGUUUGUUUUUCAGUCUUCGUGGCUGCACUCCUGUUUGGCAUUUGCGAUUCCAGAAUACACCACCUUGUACUGAAGAAUGAAACCCGCUUCAUCAUCCAUCUCAACACCUUCGGCUUCUAUGCUAAGGGCACCCUUGACGUCAACCUCAAGGCUCUCAACCUGCGCAAGGACCAGAAGAUUGACUUCUCUAAAUACCCUAUGGGCUUCAGCCUGUCCAAGUCUCGGGUGAACGGGCUUCUGGCCUACACUGCAGAGGACACAGAAGAAUGUCAGCUGACGAAAACCAAGAGUGAGCAGCCCCUAAUUCUUUUCCUCAUUGACAUUGACAAGCUCAGUGUAAACGUGCGGUCAUUCGGGGAACAGGACAGCCUCCUAUCAGAGACACCGAAGGCCAAGGAGGAAGACGCCGAAAUCCCUGAAAAAAAAGAAAAGAGAGACCUCACAUCGGACCAGAGUAAGACUACAGUGAGCAAAGACACGGAAGAGAAAGGGACCAAAGCAGAAAUGAGUCAGAAGGACGAAGAAGGAAAAAAAGAUCUGAGUAAGACUACAGUUGGCAAAAACACGGUAGAGAAACCGAACGAAGAAGAGGUUGACGAGAAAGAUGAAGAAAAGCAGGACCAACCGUUGGAGGAGGAAAAAUCUGUGACGGAGAAACCUGCCAAGAGCGAGGGGAAGAUUGACGGGAGGACUCUUGCUCUCCAGAAAAUCGGUGACUCCUACAACUUUAGUUUCCAUAUUACGAUUGGCUCCCUGGCUGAAGGUCUGUACAGCCUGAAUUUCCAUAGCUGUUACAACCUUGUUCCCGGAGUCAGCAAUCCCUACAACCUCAACGUGGAGGUCAUAGAGCAGAACCCAGGUGGUUACCUGUCAGCUGCAGAGAUUCCCCUCCCACUCCUCUUCAUCAGCAUGGCCAUCGUCUUCUUCGUUGCAGCCAUGGUCUGGGUUUACACCCUCAUGCAGCACAGGUACAGUGUGUUUAAGAUCCACUGGCUGAUGGCAGCUCUGGCCUUCACGAAGUCCAUCUCCCUGGUCUUCCACAGUAUUAACUACCACUUCAUCAAUAAAGAGGGACGCCCCAUUGAAGGCUGGGCCGUCAUGUACUACAUUACACACCUGUUGAAGGGAGCUCUGCUCUUCAUUACUCUGGCUCUCAUAGGCACAGGCUGGGCCUUUGUUAAGUACAUCCUCUCAGACAAGGAGAAGAAGAUCUUCAUGAUCGUAAUCCCCCUGCAGGUCCUGGCGAACGUGGCUUAUAUCAUCAUCGAGUCGACGGAGGAGGGCUCCAGUGAAUACGCCCUGUGGAAGGAGGUGCUCUUCCUGGUCGACCUCAUCUGCUGCGGUGCCAUCCUCUUCCCUGUGGUCUGGUCGAUUCGCCACCUUCAGGACGCCUCCAGUACUGAUGGAAAAGCUGCCAUGAACCUGGAGAAGCUGAAACUAUUCCGGCACUACUAUGUCAUGAUCGUCUGCUACAUCUACUUCACCCGCAUCAUCGCCUUCCUGCUGAAGGUGGCCAUCCCCUUCCAGUGGCAGUGGUUCUACGAGUUCCUGGUGGAGAUCUCCACCCUCAUCUUCUUUGUGAUGACGGGGUACAAGUUCCGGCCAGCCUCCAACAACCCCUACCUGCAGCUGCCCCUAGACGAGGAGGACGUGGAGAUGGACGAAGUGGUGACUGAGUCGGGGGCUCUGGAGGGCAUCUCCCGGGUGAAGAAGACCCAGAACGGCCGUGAAAGACAGAGAGAGCCGUCUCUGUGAGUCCCAGACUCAGCCUCUCUCCCUCUGCUCCCUGGGCUGGGGGGGAGGGGGUGCACAGGAACAACAACCCCCCCACCCCCCCACCCCACCCCUGCCUGUGUCCGGACUACGGCUGUGUCGCAGCCACGGCAACCGCAGCCUCUCUAUGCAAGCGGCAGACGUGGGCGUGUGCUAGGAUCUGUCUCUCUCCUGCAGACGUGGGCGUGUGCUAGGAUCUGUCUCUCUCCUGCAGACGUGGGCGUGUGCUAGGAUCUGUCUCUCUCCUGCAGACGUGUUUCUCACCCCCCUCCGCUGAUGCUGGGGGAGAGCCUCUGCCCCAUCCCCCACCCCCCCACCACCCCACCACCCCAAGGAGGGGGACGUUCCAAAGACCGCUCUCAUUCUCGCCUGUCGCCGUGUCUGUUUUCCACACCAAUGCCUCUCCCGUCUUCAUCCGUGUUAUUUAAAGGGUACCCCGUCCCUCGUCUUCGUUCCUGUUUAUUUUAGUGUGUGUGUGCCUGUGUGUGCAUGUGCGUGUGCGCAUGUGCUUGCGUGCGUGCGUGUGUGUGUGCGCCUGUGUGUGUGUGUGCAGAGAGGAAGGCAUGGUUGUAUAAGACCUGCAGGAACCUGGAGAAUCAGUUGCUGUGCAAACCCAACACUCAAGCUUCGAACCAUCGCUCAUUCGCUUCACUGAAUGUCCUUUUGAUAUCUCUGACUUUGCAUACAGUUUCUAAAAAGAAUAUGAAUAAUAACUAUUGACUGAUUUUACUCUUGUUUUAUUCUCUUUUUUUUCCAUGUGGGUUGUGAGUCUUGUGGGCGGGUUCCAGUGUACCUGCCCAGCGUGCUAUGAAUGAUGUCAAUGAAGUCUGAUUGAGUUAUGAUGAUAUGACUGUAAAACAGUUCACUGCAGUUUCAUCCCUGGCAGAGUAUUUAUGAAAUGGCUUUAUUAUUGUGAACUGGUUUAAUCUGCGGUCUAACGGUUCAGUACCAGGUACUAAAUGGCUCCACAUCCCAGGAUGCUCCUUCAGACUCUAUACUCUAUUCCACUUCUUUGUUUGUGUUCUGGGCCACCAGUCUUUCUUUUGACAAACACAACUUUGUAUUGAUAUCUCCAUUUAUUAGGCAAUUAUACCAUCUUAUGUUAAUAUUAGGUGUUUGAUAAUUACAUGUCAUUGUAUAUUAAUUGCUCCAAUAGUGUAUUGUUAUUUUAUUCCUUUGUGCUUCACACUUAUCUGGAACGGGGUCACGGGUUUGAAUCCUGGCUGUGCAUGUGACAGCUGUGGCCCGCAGUCCUGUCCUGUAAUUUGAUUGGUUGACAUGGCACCUUUUGACAGAGGGUUUUCGUUUGGCAGGAUAUUCCCCUUCUCGUUAACACAACAGCGACCUCUCUGGUCAGCAGGGGACCUGCAGCCUGCUUGCACCAUUGCUCCAUGGCCAGCAGAGGUCACACCUGCACAUAUUUAACAGAAAGCGCGCGCUCUCUGGAUCUGACAGAGGACGUCCGAGGAACAGCCUACUAAUGAGACCAGACGAUUCCAAAUUUGGGAAUUAAAAAAAAAAAAAAAAAUUAAAAAAAAAGCUUUAAAAUUAUUUUUUUAAAUGAAACUCGGGACAAAAAAAUGUCUAAUGUGGCCCUUUGGCCCUUGUGUUUUCCCCUCAACAGCAGAGUUGGGAUGAGCUUUAUUUAUAAAGAUGUUUUUCUAGGGUUAUUUGUGGGACUGAUAAGUCGCUGAUCCUGGAUCGGUGCCUGUGGGUGCUCUUACAGGGUGGACUUCUGAACGCCUUGCGUCUCCAGCUGAACUCCUCCUCCGCCGUUUUUAGCAUUUUCCACUCAGUGCCCUUGAAGGGCCUUUCCCUCUGUAGAGGUUGUUUGGCCCCUGAAGGGCCUUUCCCUCUGCAGAGGUUGUUUGGCCCCUGAAGGGCCUUUCCCUCUGUAGAGGAUGUUUGGCCCCUGAAGGGCCUUUCCCUCUGUAGAGGUUGUUUGGCCCCUGAGGCAAGGUUGUGAGGCGCCGUGUUUCCAGGCGCUUACCGCCAGCCGCCGCCUCUUUUUGGCGUCUCUGAGUCACGUGCAGGGUACCCCCGGUGGGUACAAUCCUGCCAGCUGCCCAUCUGCUGCCCAUUGGGAAAAGCUAUGACCAAUCACACGCCUCCCCACAGGGGGCGCUGGCCCCUGUCAGAACCGGUACGGUACCGGGCAGUCGGACUGUCUCGCUGCCCUCAAAACCAGCAUGUUGAAAGUAGAAGCCACUGUCCCCCCACCCUGUCCAAUCAGGGCUUUCAGAUAGUUAAACUCAGAGCUUUUUUCCACAGUACUGUUCAUUUAAAACGGAGGGCUACAGGGUUCCAGCCAUCGCCCCCGGGGUGUGCAUCUCCCUCCUGCAGUCUAACGAUAGAAUGUUGGCUCCUGCACUCCCUCCCUCCACCAAUAGGACUCUCAGCUUCGUUGCCACGGGAAUCCUCGGAACACUGUUGGAGGUCCAGCAUUGCCAUGGAAACCUGCUGGGAAUAAAGUGAGGAUGGAGGCAGUGUCCUACGGGUCUCCUGUACAGGACAGGGGGAGGGACACGCCUCCCUUAAGUUUUCCCCCUUUUCUGCAGUUUUCUACAGCAACCUGUAAGAUGCGAUAUUAAUUUAGUUGUUUUUGCUUUGGUUUUCCCUGUAAAUGUUUGGUUUCCCCCUUCCUGCUGUGCUGUGUCUUUGGCUUGGCCUUUUUGUAGAGAUGGUGGGGAAACCCACGUGCACAGUGUUAAACAGUGACAAUAAACAGACUCUCAAGGAUGGAAAA